GCUCCGACACCAACCGCACCUUCACGCCUCCUCCUCAUCUUCGUAGUGGGAAAUAAUGGUUACGACCCGUAAGCCCUUCGUUCUUCUCCAACAGCUUAUCAAAACCUAUCCGAUCUUAGACCCUUCCACCUCCGCCCUUGUCCUCCGUCACCUCGUCGACUACUAAAGACUCAUCCCACGAUCCUCACUCGCCCGCCCUCUACCUCCACCACAUGCUCCGCCGCGGCCUCACCCCUCAUCCCGCCACCUUCAACCGCCGCCUCCUCCUUGAUGCUGACCUCCUCCACACCGCCUCCUCACUCUUCCGCAAAGCUAGGACUCGGAUGCCUCACGACGAACACAAUUUAGCCUCUGCGACGCCGAACUCUUCAACUAAGCUUUCAUUUUGCUGGACGAGUUCGAGGCCAGCUGCGAGGCUUCCAGUGUGGUCAUCUAUACCAGCUUGAUUGACGGGUGCUAUAAAAGAGGCAGCUUUGAUGCCGCGAAGCGAUUGUUCGACCGGAAGAAAGGCGGGGGCGUGUCCCCCAACAAGUUCACUUACACCGUCAUGAUUAGCGGCUACUUCAGCAACGGAUUCCCUACUCUUGGUUUUGAGAUGUACGACGAGAUGAAGCAGAGUGGAGUCUGUCCCAAUCUCUACACUUGCAACGUUUUGAUAUCGGAGUGCUGCAGGGAACAAGACUUCUGCUUUGCAUUCCAACCCGUCGACGAAAUGUCUCAGAAAGGAAUUCUGUCAAACAUCGUGACGUAUAACACCUUCAUUGGUGGGUUUUGCAAGCAAAGCAAGGGCAGGUAUGUCGUGAUGAUGAAGAAAGCUACAAGUUUAUUAAAUCAGAUGAAGAAAGUGGUUGCUCGUCGAGUCUAUCAAUGGGUUUUCUCGAGCAGGCGACCUGAUUGGAGAGGAGAUGAGCAGGGAUGUCGAUCGCGGCAUCACUAUGCCUUCUCUCCCCUCCGAGGUCUGUACCUGUUCGUUCUUCGUGGAGAUGGCGCACCAGCGGCUUGCAGAGGAGGCGGUGCCGGUGUCGGUUGCUUGCGGAGGAGGCGGCGCCGGAGGUUUGAGGAGGAGGCGGCGCCGGCGGCUUGCGGAGGGACCACGCGAGCUUCGGUCCCCGCUCCGCAACGAGAUCGUGGCCGCCUGCGACGCCUGUGGAGAACGUAGGUGCGGCGUCGGCGGUGGUUGCGGUCGGGCUGAUGGAUGCGCGUGCGAAUGAGGAAGAGACUCGUGAUUGGAGUUCGGAAACAACGACAGGGAAGAAGAGAAGUCACGGGAGAGAAGAGAUAAAAUAGAUUUUCAUUCAAUUAAAUUAUUUCAAAAAGUUAAAGUAUAAAUUAGUAAAUGUAAAACUAAAUAAUUGUAUAAUUUUAGUUGAACCA